AUGGUUGUAUCACAAGUGUGUUCUUCUGUGGAUGCAAUUAGGGCAUUUCUUGAAGUUUUGGUUGAUCCAAUGCUGCCACAAAAACCUUCUAUUCAAGAUGAUCCUCCUCUAUCUCAACAACAGAAAAUCGCAAAACAGGUUCAUUCUGUUGUGUUACUGUACAACUAUUACCAUAGAAAACAGAAUCCAGAGUUAUCAUUUGUGGCAUUUAGGGAAUUUUGUAAGCUGAUUGUUGAUAUGAGACCGGCUUUGUUGCCAUAUAUGAAAUUCACGGUAAAGAGUAAUGAAACUGACCUCGUUGAUGUGGAGGAGGAGCUUUCGUUAACUGAAAAAGCGAUCACGAGUGCGUAUGAUAUAUGUAUGAUUCUAGACCCGUCGAGAAGUGUUCCUAAUAUAGAAGGAUGGCCUAUUUCGAAAGUUGCUGUUCUUUUAGUUGAUGGUAAGAAGGAGAAUUGUUUCUUGCGGUUUUGUUCGGCUACUGGUGGAGUAUGGUCGUUGAUUGAAAAAUAUGUGGAUACGUCCGGUCAAGUUUCUGAGAUUACAAGAGAUGUCAAACGUACAAACCAAAAGAGAAGAAUCAUUAAGAAGUCCUCGAAAGAUGGGCUAAAUGAAGGUGGGAUUUUGGAAGUUGGAUAUUCGGCUGUUAAGGAAGCUGCGGGUAUCAAUAGUAUUGAUAUAACGCUUUUGAAAAGUUACACUGUGUAUUCCCAGAGCAAAGAGAAGACAGCUUCGCGCUUUUAUAUAAUGAAGUGCUCAAAGUUGAUCAGUGAGGGGUUUGUUCAAGUUCCUAUCAAAGAUUUAGUUAAAAGCUUCCGGGGUCCUUUGGUCAAAAGAAGUUCUAGCAAUUGGAAAGUCACCUCAGUCGUCAAGCACUUCCACGUGCUCCCCUAUUCCGAAGUAAUCUCCGAAUGGAUUUCUAGCGAAACUUUCUCAAAUAGUUUGCAAGAUUCAAAGCCAGCAGAGAAACAACUCGUAACGUGUGGAGUGACAAAAUCAAGUGUAAGUAGUGAGGGCACGUCUUUUGGUCUUGAUAACAAGCCAUGCAGUGAUACUAUUGAAGCUCUUAAUCAGAAAGAAACCAAUGGUUUCUGCUCAAAUACACCGUGUGGUACUGUCAAGAAAGAGCAGGAUAUGGACAUGAGCAACUCUUUAGUUUUUCAAUCUAAAAUUAAAGAAGAAUGCCAGCAGCAUGUUGCAAAUACUUUACAAGUUAGUGAAGAUAAAAAAAUCGUAAGUCCAUCAACGCAACAUCAUUCAAAUGGAUGUAACGACCCUAGCAAGGUUGAGAAGGUUGUUUCAACAAGGAUGCACAUUACUCCGAGUAGAAUCAAAGAUAAUAUUUCUGAGUCCAUAGAAAAAUGUACCCUGAUUGCAGAUAAUUCCAACACAGAUCUUGAGAAGGUCCAAAUUUUCACGGAUUCGAAGGGGAAAAUGGCUGUAACAGAUGUGUGUCCUACAGUGGAUGCAGUUAGGGCAUUCCUUGAACAAUUGGUUGAUCCGAUGCUGCAGGCACAACCUUCUACUGGUGAUGAUCCUCCACUAUCUCAACAGCAGAGAGUUGCAAAACAGGUGCAUUCAGUCGUGUUACUGUACAACUAUUACCACAGAAAACAGCAUCCAGAGCUAGCAUUUGUGGCAUUUAAGGAAUUUUGCAAAUUGGUUGUGGAUCUGAGCCCAGCUUUGUUAACAUAUAUGAAAUUCACUCAGAAGCCUGAUCAAACUGACCUUGUUGAUGUGGAACAGCAGCUGUCAAUAACGGAAAAAGUGAUCAUGAGUUCGUGUGAUAUAUGCACAAGUCUAGAUGCGUCAAAAAAUAUUCUAAAUAUAGAAGGAUGGCCCGUUUCAAAAGUUGCCGUCCUUUUAGUUGACAGUAAGAAGGAGGCCGGCUUCUUACUUUUUAGUUCCAUCACUGAUGGGGUAUGGUCUGUGAUUGAAAAAGACGUGGAUUCUUCCUCUUCCGGUCAAAAUUCUGCAGUUACAAAUGAAAUCAAACAUGCAUACAAAAAGAGAAGAGUCAUUAAAAAGCCUACAAAACAUGCGUUAAAUGUUAAUGAAGAUGGAUUUUUGCAAAUUGGAUAUUCUUCAGUAAAGGAAGUAACAGGUGUCAAUAGUAUUGAUAUUAUGCUUUUGGGAAGUUAUACUGUGUAUUCCCAGAGCAAAGAGAAGACAGCUUCAUGCUUUUAUAUAAUGAAGUGCUCGCAGUCGACUGAUGAGGGGUUUAUUCAAGUUCCUAUGAAAGAUUUAAUUCAAAGCUUCCGGGGUCCUUUAGUCAAAAGGAGUUCUAGCAGUUGGACGGUCACCCCAGUUGUUGAGUAUUUCCACGUGCUUCCUUAUUCUGAAAUAAUCUCAGAAUGGUUUUCUAGAGAAACAUUCUCAAAUAGUUUGCAAGAUUCAAAGCUGGUAGACAAACAAUUUCCGAAGCUUGAAGUGACAGGAUUGAGAAGUAGUGAGGGCAUAUCCAUUGGUCUUGAUAACAAGCCAUGCAAUGAUACUAUUGAAGCUAUUAAUCAGAGAGAAAACAAUGGUUGUUGUACAAUUAAACAGUGUGAUUCUAUCAAGGAAGACCAGAAUAUGGAUGUGGACAACUCUAUAGUUUUUCCAUCUAAAAAUAAAGAAAGCAAGCACAUUGUCAAAACUUUACCUGCUAGUGAAGAUCAAAAGAUUUUAAAUCCAUCAGUGCAACAUCACUCAAAUGAUACUAUUGAAGCUCUUAAUCAGAAAAAGAACAAUGCUUGCGGUACAGUUAAACGGUGUGGUUCUGUCAAGGAAGCCAAGGAUAUGGGUACGGGCAAGUCUAUAGUUUUUCCAUCUAAAAAUAAAAAAGAAAGCAAGCAUAUUGUCAAAACUUUACCUGCUAGUGAAGAUCAAAAGAUUUUAAAUCCAUCAGUGCAACAUCACUCAAAUGAUACUAUUGAAGCUCUUAAACAGAAAAAGAACAAUGGUUGCGGUACAAUUAAACGGUGUGGUUCUGUCAAGGAAGCCAAGGAUAUGGAUAUGGAUGUGGACAACUCUAUAGGUUUUCUUUCUAAAAAUAAAGAAGAAAGCAAGCAUAUUGUCAAAAAUUUACAUGCUAGUGAAGAUCAAAAGAUUUUAAAUACAUCUGUGCAACAUCACUCAAAUAAUACUAUUGAAUCUCUUAAUCAGAAAGAGAACAAUGGUUGCAGUACAAUUAAACGGCGUGGUUCUGUCAAGGAAGCCAAAGAUAUGGAUGUGGACAACUCUAGAGUUUUUCCAUCUAAAAAUAAAGAAGAAAGCAAGAAUAUUGUCAAAGCUUUACAUGCUAGCGAUAUUGAAGAUCAAAAGGUUCUAAAUCCAUCUGUGCUACAUCACUCAAAUGAAUGUACAACCCCUCUCGAGGCAAAGAAUAUUGUUUCAGCCAGGAAACGCAUCACUGAGGGUGGAACCAAAGAUGAAUCUGCUUUUGAUAAAAUUUGUACCAACACCACUUCUGAAAAUGAUUCCGUAGAAAAAUGUACCCUGAUUGCAAAUAAUUCCAACACAGAUCUUGAGAAGUUCCGAACUUUCAUAGCUUCAAAGGGGAAGAUAUUGUCAGAAACUGCCAUCAAAGUUCUUAUUCGAAAGAGGAAUGCACUGACUCUUCAGCAGCGAACGAUAGAGGAUGCGAUUGCUGUGUGUAAUAUGAAAAUUCAUAAAUGGUUAAUUGGUGAAGAAGAUGACAUGGAAUUAAAGAUAGAAUCCAUUAUAGAUGGCUGUAGUGAUACAUGUUUAAGAAAUCAAGGAAGGACUUGUCAGUAUCCUGAGGGUCAUCAAUGCUCACUUCCAUCUGUUAAGAGGAAAAAAUUGGCAGAGGCUGUGCUCAGUUUGCAAACUCCUUGCCAGGAACUAGAUGAUAUAUGUCAUAUAAACAAUUGGAUCCUACCAACUUAUAAAUUAUCUCAAUCAGAUGGCAAAUUUCAAGCUAAUGUUAGAGUUAAAGGAUUGGACUUUGAGCAUUCAUGUGAGGGUAAUCCAUGUUCUUUUCCUCAUGAAGCAAGAGAUUCAGCUGCUGCUCAAAUGUUGACCAACUUAAGAAGUAUGGCUAAAUCAGCCAUAUGA